UCUGUCUUCUUAAUUUAUUAUUGGUCAAAUAGGAUUCGAUUAGGAAAUCUACUACUACUAUUCAGGAAAAAGGAAGACGUAGGACACAGAAAAUUUUGUGAAUGAUGGCUUCUGCUGGAAAUGUGAGGAGAUCUACACGGAUAAAACCUCAAGUGAAAUAUGCAGAAGUCAGUGAUGGGGAAACACCUGUUAGCAGUCCACAAACUAAUAUAUUGAAUGCUGAGAUAGAGGAACAACUAAAAGAUAUCGAAGAGGAUGUACAAAAACCAGUUGAAUUAUUUUCUGAGAAGGAUGUAAGUGGAAGAAAACUAUAUGGAUUUCAAACGCCAACAAAAAGAAACAGCAUGAUGAUUAAAGCUAAUCAGUGUCGUACACCUGAGACUCCAAAAAGUUUCAAAACACUUCCAAUUUUAAAAGUUGUUCUUGACGAUGUUCUUGCAAACUCUAACAAUCAAAUGGUCAAGAAGGAUAGCAAAGUCUCUCGAAAACGAUAUUUGCCCAGUGUAAAUUCAAGUGGCGACGAGAGCGUGUCAGAAGACAGUGAAUAUAUACCUUCAAAUGAUGAAAUCAGUUCAGAGUCUUGUAAAACUUCUGAUAAAAGUGAGGAUAGCGAUAAUUCUGAUGUAAGCCAAGAAAAUAAUACCAGAAGGAAAGUUGUAGGAAAAGUAUUGAAACCUUUAUUAAGACGCCAGGUACAAAGUACACCUAGGAAAACAAGGAGAGGACAUAAGACUGUUGCUUACAAGGAUUACCACAUAAAAACCGACGAAUAUUUUGAAUCUCAAUCAGAAAAAACAGUUACAUCUGAUCGUACAUUAGAAAGACUCAAGAACGCUCGUCUCACCGAAGAAUCACUAGGAAAGUUAUUAAUAAAUCAAAGUCAUAUUUCUACAAUCCAUAAAAAACAUAUUUGUUCAUUGACAGAAAAUUGUAGAUCGUUCUUUCCUAUGUGGCAAUUCAUAUUGGAAGAAGGUUACAGUCUGCUACUUCAUGGAGUAGGCUCAAAAAGAAAUUUAAUAAAUGAUUUUCAUAAUGAGAUUAUACGAGAUCAUCCAACAUUAAUUAUAAAUGGAUUUUUUCCUAGUUUAACACUGAAAGAUAUACUCGAUAACAUAAUAACGGAUUUGUUAGAUUUAAAUUGUCCAACAAAUCUUAAUGAUUGUUUAGAACUUAUAGAAACAGUUAUGAGAGAUAAUCCGAAUGAUCGACUUUAUUUAAUAAUUCAUAAUAUUGAUGGGAUAAUGCUGCGUUCGAAUAAAGCUCAAAAUAUACUUGCCAGUUUAGCAGCCAUUCCAAAUAUCCAUGUUCUAGCAUCUGUUGAUCACAUAAAUGCACCACUUCUUUGGGACCAUGUAAAACGCGCCAAGUUUAAUUUUUAUUGGUGGGAUGCAACAACAUUAUUGUCAUAUCAAGCGGAAACGUCAUAUGAAAGUUCCUUACUGGUUCAGCAAAGCAGUGGACUCGUGUUAUCCUCUCUUCAGAAUGUCUUCCUAUCCCUCACAUCAAAUGCUCGAGCAAUUUAUUUGAUUCUUGUCAAAUAUCAAUUGAACAACAGCAGUAGUAAUUUCACAGGGAUGCCGUUUAGAGAUCUAUAUCGAGCAGCACGCGAACAGUUUCUAGUUAGUUCUGAUUUGGCGUUAAGGGCACAGUUAACUGAAUUCAUUGAUCAUAAAUUGCUACGAAUUAAACGUACAGUUGACGGCGCUGAACACCUAAUGAUACCUCUUGAUAAGCCUCUUCUUAAACAAUUUAUGGAGCAAUAUGGAUCAUAAUUGAUGAACAUAAGAAAAAGUAUAUAUUUUUAUAAUAGUUG